AUGCCGGCCACUCAGCCAUGGGGUUACCGGUGGCGCUCAUCGCAGGCAUUUCUCAUUUUCACGGCCACCCUAGGACUCUUUUCUGAGACGUUUCUGUACGCGUUCAUCGUGCCGAUCCUGAGCUAUAUGAUCGAGGAUCGACUACAGUUGCCUUCAACGCAGACACAAUGGCUUACCACCGCACUUCUCACGACUCACGGGUUUGUCGCAAUGGCAUCGGCUCCUAUUAUCGCCCAUUUUGCAGACAAGACAUCCGAUCGCAGGAUGCCCUUACUUCUUGCUCUGACCGGAUGUGCGUUGGGAACGCUGUUGGUGGCCAUUUGCUCGUCUGUGUGGUUGCUUUUCGUGGGUCGUGUUAUUCAAGGAGCAGCCGGAUCGGCAGGUUGGAUUGUAGGUUUCGCAACCUUGACAGAUAAUAUCCGACCGGACCGUAUGGGUCAAGUCCUCGGCACGGCCAUGUCACUCGUGACAGCAGGCGUUAUCAUGGGCCCGAUGAUUUCCGGGGCUCUUCUCCAGCUAGUGGGAUACUGGGCUGCCUGGUCCGCUCCGCUUAUACUUCUCGGCAUAGAUUUCGUUGCGAGGCUGCUCAUGCUUGCAAAGGAUGAUACGCAGACUGCAUCCUCCGACGCAUCGACUGAUGAACAAGAAUCACUGCUUCCUUCGAAGACCCGUAAUCCAUCCGAUCCGGAAGAAGGAUGUCCGGCAUCGACGGGUCCCGGCUUCUACCGCAUUGUGCUGUGCAAUAUUCGAGUCAUUGCGGCGCUUCUCAAUACUUUGACCUUCUCCAUGGUCAUAUCUGGAUUCGACGCCACACUGCCCCUCCAUCUACAGAAAAUCUUCCAUUGGGGCCCUUUGCCGAUCGGUAUGAUAUUCCUGGGUCUGCAGGUCCCCAGUAUCAUCCUAGGUCCUAUAGUCGGAUGGCUUCGUGACCGGGUGGGACUGCGCUAUCCGACAACCAUCGGGUGGACCCUUACUGCACCCUUGCUCUGGCUGUUGGGCAUGCCCGGAACAGGAGCAGUCUGGGCGGAUCAUGGAGAAAAUGGGAAAUACAUCUUCAUUGGAGGGAUUGUUGCGAUCGGUGCUGUUUCGCCGCUGGUUCGUGGCGCGGGAACAUUCCAAUUAAUUACGGUGACGAACGAUCUUCAGGCGGAGAAACCAUCUAUUUUUGGGCCUCAUGGCGGCAGCUCACGAAUCUUCUCAAUCACGGAAGUCAUCUUCAACAUGGGUGCAAUGCUCGGGCCUCUUUUGUCCGGGGCUCUUGUGGAAGUAUUCGGUUUUUAUACCAUGGUUGGGACUUUUGGUCAGUGGUGCUACUGUAUAUUGGAAAAGUGA